UCGGGUCGUAGCUGCCCCUGUACAGCGCCGGAAACAACCUCGGCACGUACGGCUCCACCUCCGCCCUCGCCCUCGCCAACAACUCCGACGACGCCAGCGCCGCCCCCCUCUUGCUGCUCCACAGCGCGUGGUGCGCCGACACCCCCAUCAACAUGUACACCAACUCCGGCCUCCCCACCUCCACCGCCAACUCGCACAACUCUCUGUACGUCAACAACCUGCCUCCACUCGUCGACCCCAACCCAACCCCCUCGUCUCCCACUUCGUACACCAACGACAUCCCCAUCGCCGCCAACUCCUGCACCAACAACGACAACAACCACACCAACGACGCCACCCUCGCCGACACCCUCGCCGACCUCUCACACUCCUCCAUCACCCUCCCCAACAAACCCUCCACCAACCCAACGUC